AAUACAUAAUCAUCACCGCAUGACGAUAUUUAUAAAUAAAAUGAUUAAUUGGUUAGUUGAAAAACUAUAACAAGCAAACGAUUAGAUAAAAAUAAUAACUUGUUUGCGUAUUGAGAAACUACUAGCUGUUUGAAAUACAACGGUAUUAAAAAUGGCAAAAAGAACAAUAAAAGUUGGGUAUUAUGCAAUUUAUUUAAUGGCUACCAUCGUAAAUACGCAAGAUUAUGAAGAUUUGAUGCCAACCGAUCAACCUGAAGAAGAGUGGCAUAUGGACUUUAUGCCAACAGGCUACCUUCCUGAUAGCGUCUACCGAGAGCUAGCGUGGUACGGCAUACUACAGAUUCAGCCUCUUCAUCACAGUACGAAACAUAAAGUUGCUGCUCAAUUGAUUUGGCAACAUACACUCGGCAGACCACACGUUAUUAUGGAAAAUCCGCCUCAAUCAUUGCAAUCUGAAGGUAAAGUAAGUCGUCAAAUCCUUGCUGAAGAGGCAGCGAAGUGGUCACGGGAGCAAAGAGCUGCACAAGAAGUGCUUAUGGAGAAUAUCAAGAGUGGCGGUAAUGGACUCACAGUUCGUACUGUUAUUAGUGCUUCUAAAAAAACCACUUAUAUCAUACAGAAUGGCAAUUAUUACAAAUGCCCCGAAGGAUCUGAACCUGAUUUGGAUGCUUAUCGAGUCCAGGCCAAUAUGCAUGAAAGGAAAUGUACUUAUUCUAAACAGUCGAUUCCCGUAUCAGUCGAUCCAUGCAUAGAAGCAGAGGUUGCGCCCAUAGAGUAUUCCUUUCACGAAGGUUGGAUGUUUUGUCUUGGCAAUGGGGAAAGGGAAAAUAAUUAUUUCCAAAACGGCACAAUAGACUGUGGAAAUAAAACAAAAGUGUCAGUCGACGAAUUUUUAAGUAUAUGUGCGAUUGACAAUAAUGUUGUUAUUACCUUCGAUUACUUUGGCGACGAGCCACGUAAAGAUAUGAUGCACAAUGCCACCCUGUGUACAACUUGGGAUCCAUGCCGUUUAUCAUACUUAUAUAGGCUUGAGCCACCACCAGUAGAGCUGACGCCUGCUUUCCCAACAUCUACACCGAAUCCAUGCGACACAACCAUUUGUCCCGAGUGUGUUGAAGGAUUUACAGAGGACAAUGGAGUUCCGAUUGACAUUGCAUCCGGCGAAGUUUAACGGAAACGUAACUUACUUUUGUUCUAUAUAUACAAAUGUCCCUAUUCUAAUUUGAGCCAUUUUUGUAAGAAGUUAAACAUUUUUAACGUACUUGUAAGAAAUAAAAAACUUGACUCACUAUUUUGAUUUCAUCAUUAAGUGACCUUAAGCUAUAAAUAUCUCGCUAUAGAACUUGAAUCAGAAAUAUAAAAUAUUGGAAUUAAUUUCUAAAAACAAGGAUACAGGAGUCGUAAAAUAGUGAAAGAAAACAUGUGUUUAUAAAAAUAAUUUAAUAGGCAACUAUUAAUAAAAUGUUCAAAAAGUGUCAUUGGUGUAUAUGUUAUCCUUACAACUAUGCAGUAUAGCUUUUAAUACAAUAAUGCAAUUCGUUGUGCGACAGCAAAUGCUAAAAUAAUACAGACCGAGAUGAAUAAUUACAGUCAAUUUUUUAAUAAUUUGAGCAUUUUUUAAACCAAUAAUACCGUCUUGAAGGUAGUCUGUAUAAAUAUCAGCAGGUAACGUGGCCGGGUUUUGUGUGGUGGGGGAAUGUUCGCCCUUUAGUGAAAAACCUAAAAUCGACUUAUGACAGGCCAACUUCUUUGCUGAUAUUUAUACGACUUAAGUUAUUCUUACAUGUACCAAUUCAUAUUGUCCACAUAGAAUAGAUUUUGUUUAAUUCGAUGUUCAAUAAAAUCUAAAUAAAAUCUACUGAAAUCCAUAAUUUU